GAGAGGACCACGCGUGUUUUGACGUUUGAAAACCCGACUCCGGGGAAUCAUCGCAUCCUUCAUUGCAAGUGUCAGUGUUCGAUGAAGUCGCGGGGGACGCAGAUUGCUUGGUUUUGAAAACUCUUUACCCCGCGCGCCCCAAGUCCGCUGUUCCAGCGCGGAAAGUUGGGCCGAGCGGGGGUAGGGAGGGUCCCCAGUCCCAGGCGAUGCGCGCGGGGCUUCUGCCCAGUUUCCUGCCUCGCAGCCGUGGUGUCCGCCCCGGCCCGGAGUAGUUUGUGCAAUUUAGAAACUCGAUAGGAGGCAGCAGCUGAUCUCCCACCACCCUAAAAAUAAUCUGCUCCGGCGCACUGCGUGCUUCGGCUAGGGGAGGAAAGCUCUGUCAUCCGAGAGUUGUGUUUCCUGGUCUGAAAUUUACAUCCUAAGACAGUGUAGGAAGUUCGUGUUUCGAAGGUAGCACAAGUGCAUCUGUAGGGGUUUGAAGCAUCGUCAAGCCCAAGAAAAAAAAUAUUGUUUGUCCCCAAGACGAAAGUCAAUUAUCCAUGAACGGAAAGAGAGAAAAGAAUAAGCCAUAAGAAGAAAUGAGUCUUUCAUUUUGUGGUAACAACAUUUCUUCAUAUAAUAUCUAUGAUGGUGUAUUACAAAAUCCCUGUUUUGUGGAUGCCCUCAACCUAGUCCCUCAUGUGUUCCUGUUGUUUAUCACUUUUCCAAUAUUGUUUAUUGGGUGGGGGAGCCAAAGCUCAAAAGUGCAAAUUCAUCAUAACACAUGGCUUCAUUUUCCUGGGCAUAACCUGAGAUGGAUUCUUACUUUUGCUCUCCUAUUUGUGCAUGUUUGUGAAAUAGCAGAAGGCAUCGUUUCAGAUUCACGGCGGGAGUCCAGGCAUCUUCACCUCUUCAUGCCAGCAGUAAUGGGAUUUGUCGCCACUACGACAUCAAUAGUGUAUUAUCAUAAUAUUGAAACAUCAAAUUUCCCUAAACUACUUUUAGCCUUAUUCCUAUAUUGGGUGAUGGCCUUUAUUACAAAAACAAUAAAAUUGGUCAAGUAUUGGCAGUCUGGGUGGGGAGUAUCAGAUCUGCGUUUCUGUAUCACUGGCAUUAUGGUCAUCUUGAAUGGGCUUCUGAUGGCCGUGGAAAUCAAUGUCAUUCGGGUCAGAAGAUAUGUGUUCUUCAUGAAUCCUCAGAAAGUCAAGCCUCCUGAAGACCUCCAGGAUCUGGGUGUGAGAUUUCUUCAGCCAUUUGUGAAUUUGCUGUCAAAAGCAACAUACUGGUGGAUGAACACACUUAUCAUAUCUGCUCAUAAAAAGCCUAUUGAUCUGAAGGCCAUUGGAAAAUUGCCAAUAGCCAUGAGGGCAGUAACAAAUUAUGUUUGCCUGAAAGAUGCAUAUGAAGAACAAAAGAAGAAAGUAGCAGAUCAUCCAAAUCGGACUCCAUCUAUAUGGCUUGCAAUGUACAGAGCUUUUGGGCGACCAAUUCUUUUGAGUAGCACAUUUCGUUAUCUGGCUGAUCUGCUGGGUUUUGCUGGACCUCUCUGUAUUUCUGGAAUAGUUCAGCGUGUGAAUGAAACCCAGAAUAUGACAAAUAACACAACAGGAACUUCAGAAACCCUCUCAUCAAAGGAAUUUCUUGAAAAUGCUUAUGUUCUAGCAGUUCUUCUCUUCUUGGCCCUUAUUCUGCAAAGGACAUUUCUUCAGGCUUCCUACUAUGUGACCAUAGAGACUGGCAUUAACCUUCGUGGAGCUCUGCUGGCCAUGAUAUACAAUAAAAUUCUUAGACUGUCUACAUCUAACUUAUCCAUGGGUGAGAUGACUCUGGGACAGAUCAACAACUUGGUUGCCAUUGAAACCAAUCAACUCAUGUGGUUCUUGUUCCUGUGUCCCAAUCUAUGGGCUAUGCCUGUUCAGAUCAUAAUGGGAGUGAUUCUGCUCUAUAAUUUACUUGGAUCAAGUGCAUUGGUUGGUGCAGCUGUCAUUGUGCUACUUGCGCCAAUUCAGUACUUCAUUGCUACAAAGUUGGCAGAGGCUCAGAAGAGCACUCUUGAUUAUUCCACUGAAAGACUUAAGAAAACAAAUGAAAUAUUGAAAGGAAUCAAACUUCUCAAGUUGUAUGCCUGGGAGCACAUUUUCUGCAAAAGUGUGGAAGAAACAAGAAUGAAAGAAUUGUCUAGUCUCAAAACCUUUGCACUUUAUACUUCACUCUCCAUCUUCAUGAAUGCAGCAAUUCCCAUAGCAGCUGUUCUCGCUACAUUUGUGACCCAUGCAUACGCCAGCGGGAACAACCUAAAACCUGCAGAGGCCUUUGCUUCGCUGUCUCUCUUUCAUAUCCUUGUCACACCGCUGUUCCUGCUCUCCACGGUGGUCAGAUUUGCAGUCAAAGCCAUCAUAAGUGUUCAAAAGCUGAAUGAGUUUCUCUUGAGUGACGAGAUUGGUGACGACAGCUGGCGAACUGGCGAAGGUUCCCUGCCUUUUGAGUCCUGUAAGAAACAUACCACAGUGCAGCCAAAAACUAUAAACAGGAAACAGCCUGGAAGAUACCACCUGGACAGCUAUGAGCAAUCAACAAGAAGACUUCGCCCUGCAGAGACAGAGGAUAUUGCAAUAAAGGUCACAAAUGGAUACUUUUCAUGGGGAAGUGGUUUAGCUACAUUAUCCAAUAUAGACAUUCGAAUUCCAACAGGUCAGUUAACCAUGAUUGUGGGUCAAGUGGGAUGUGGGAAGUCCUCUCUUCUCCUUGCCAUCCUUGGUGAGAUGCAGACGCUGGAUGGGAAAGUUCACUGGAGCAAUGUAAAUGAAUCUGAGCCUUCUUUUGAAGCAACCAGAAGUCGGAACAGGUAUUCUGUGGCUUAUGCAGCUCAAAAGCCUUGGUUACUAAAUGCUACAGUAGAAGAAAAUAUUACCUUCGGAAGUCCUUUCAACAAACAGAGGUAUAAAGCUGUCACAGAUGCCUGUUCUCUUCAGCCGGAUAUUGAUUUAUUACCAUUUGGAGACCAAACUGAAAUUGGAGAGAGGGGCAUCAACCUGAGUGGGGGGCAGAGGCAGAGAAUCUGUGUGGCACGAGCACUCUAUCAAAACACCAACAUUGUCUUCUUGGAUGACCCAUUUUCUGCCCUGGACAUCCACUUGAGUGACCACUUAAUGCAGGAAGGGAUUUUGAAAUUUCUCCAAGAUGACAAAAGGACACUGGUUCUCGUGACUCACAAAUUACAAUAUCUGACACAUGCCGACUGGAUCAUAGCCAUGAAAGAUGGAAGUGUACUAAGAGAAGGGACUUUGAAAGACAUUCAGACCAAAGAUGUUGAGCUUUAUGAGCACUGGAAAACACUUAUGAAUCGGCAAGAUCAAGAAUUAGAAAAGGAUAUGGAAGCUGACCAAACAACUUUAGAGAGGAAAACUCUCCGAAGAGCCAUGUACUCAAGAGAGGCCAAAGCCCAAAUGGAGGACGAAGAUGAAGAGGAAGAAGAAGAGGAAGAUGAGGAUGAUAACAUGUCUACUGUAAUGAGGCUCAGGACUAAAAUGCCAUGGAAAACCUGUUGGUGGUACCUCACUUCUGGAGGAUUCUUCUUACUCUUUCUGAUGAUUUUCUCUAAGCUUUUGAAGCAUUCAGUUAUUGUGGCUAUAGACUAUUGGCUGGCUACAUGGACAUCUGAGUACAAUAUAAACAAUACUGGAAAAGCUGACCAGACCUACUACGUGGCUGGAUUUAGCAUACUUUGUGGAGCAGGUAUUUUCCUUUGUCUGGUUACAUCUCUCACUGUAGAAUGGAUGGGUCUCACAGCUGCCAAAAAUCUUCACCACAAUCUUCUCAAUAAGAUAAUUCUUGGACCAAUAAGGUUCUUCGAUACCACUCCCCUGGGACUGAUUCUCAAUCGCUUUUCAGCUGAUACUAAUAUCAUCGACCAGCACAUUCCUCCAACUCUGGAAUCUCUCACUCGCUCAACACUGCUCUGCCUGUCUGCCAUUGGGAUGAUCUCCUAUGCCACUCCUGUGUUCCUGGUUGCUCUUGUACCCCUUGGAGUUGCCUUUUAUUUUAUCCAGAAAUACUUUCGAGUUGCCUCUAAAGACCUCCAGGAACUUGAUGACAGUACUCAGCUCCCUCUGCUUUGCCACUUCUCAGAAACGGCGGAAGGACUCACCACCAUCCGGGCCUUUAGGCACGAAACCAGAUUUAAGCAACGUAUGCUGGAACUGACGGACACAAACAACAUUGCCUACUUAUUUCUCUCAGCCGCCAACAGAUGGCUGGAGGUCAGGACGGAUUACCUGGGAGCUUGCAUAGUCCUUACUGCAUCUAUUGCUUCCAUUAGUGGGUCAUCCAAUUCUGGAUUGGUGGGCUUGGGUCUCCUCUAUGCACUUACGAUAACCAAUUAUUUGAACUGGGUUGUGAGGAAUCUGGCUGACCUGGAGGUCCAGAUGGGUGCAGUGAAGAAAGUGAACAGCUUCUUGACUAUGGAGUCUGAGAACUACGAAGGCACCAUGGAUCCUUCCCAGGUUCCAGAACAUUGGCCACAGGAAGGGGAGAUCAAGAUUCAUGAUCUGUGUGUCAGAUAUGAAAACAAUCUGAAGCCUGUUCUUAAACAUGUCAAAGCUUACAUCAAACCUGGGCAAAAGGUGGGCAUAUGUGGUCGCACUGGCAGUGGGAAGUCUUCCUUAUCUCUGGCUUUCUUCAGAAUGGUUGAUAUAUUUGACGGAAAGAUUGUCAUCGAUGGGAUAGAUAUUUCCAAACUGCCACUGCACACGCUACGUUCUAGACUUUCUAUCAUUCUGCAGGAUCCAAUACUAUUUAGCGGUUCUAUUAGGUUUAAUUUAGAUCCAGAGUGUAAAUGCACAGAUGACAGACUCUGGGAGGCUCUAGAAAUUGCCCAGCUGAAGAAUAUGGUCAAAUCUCUACCAGGAGGUCUAGAUGCAGUUGUCACUGAAGGUGGGGAGAAUUUUAGUGUUGGACAGAGACAGUUAUUUUGCCUGGCCAGGGCCUUUGUCCGCAAGAGCAGCAUUCUCAUUAUGGAUGAAGCAACGGCUUCCAUUGACAUGGCCACAGAAAACAUCUUGCAGAAAGUAGUGAUGACAGCCUUUGCCGACCGAACUGUUGUCACCAUCGCCGUGACAUCGGGUUCACACCAUUCUGACGGCAGACCUGGUUAUUGUGAUGAAGAGAGGAAAUAUUUUAGAAUAUGACACUCCAGAAAGCCUCUUGGCCCGGGAAGAUGGAGUAUUUGCUUCUUUUGUUCGUGCAGACAUGUGAAGGGGUGUCUAAAAAUGACAUGUGUGUGUUUAACAAGUCAGUCAUAGUCUACUUGACCUUCAUAGAGCGGCACCUUAAAUUUUUACAAAUUUCUGUAUAAGAAAAGAAGCUGACAUUCCUUUUUCCUGUUUUUGUCUAACAGUUUUCCAAGGUAUCACUGCUUAAUAUGUUCAUUACUGUAUCUCUCCCUAAUGGCAAGCCACGUUACCUUUAAGAAUAGCAGGGUGUAUUAAAACAUAUAAGCUACUUUAAGUGGUAAAUCAACAGCUUGUUUUUCAUAACUUUAAGUCUAGUAAAUAUUUCUCAAGCAUAGAAGUUGCAAUGAGUAGUCAAUAAUUAUUACGCUCUUAUUCCUUGUCGAGCCUCGAAAUGUUAUUCUAAUAGAAUAAAGGAAGGAUACGUUUUCUGAUGAAACAUUCAAAUUCAUAAUCUACUUUAUGAGAAUAUCUUGUGUUCAUUAACAUAGUGAUGCUUUUUUAACAGUACCUUUUUUCCCCUCUAAAUAAUUUUUGUCACCAAGAAGUUAUCAUAUUUAUAAUAGUUCCAUGAAGGCUAUACCUGAAAUCAAAAGAGCAUGAAAAGAAAAUCAUAAUUGGAAAAUUAAACUCAUUUCUAUUCUUCUUUGUCCAGUAAGGAAAGAGUUCUUAAGGGAUCAGGUAUAACGUGCCUUUUUCAGACAGAACUUUAAAGAGUAAAUUGGGUCAGUCCUUCAGUGGGAGGUCAAAUAUGCUUUCUGAAGAGUAAUUCCUCAUUAGUUCUUAUGACCUGUACCUUAAAGUGCUACGUGAUUCCAAGGAACACAGCCUUAAUUGUCAUACACCUGUGCCAUACUUUAACCAUAUGGUAACCACAGGUGAACAUUCCUUUAAGGUACCAGUAUUCCCUACAAAACAGUUUGAUGUCAGGGUGGAAAUAUCGCACACCUUGAAGUUCUAUAUACAUAACAAGCGUCUACUUCUAGUUGGAAGAUUUACCUCUGGACAUGUAUGCCACACAUGUAUCCAUUUGCUCAUACUCUAAUUUUAAUGUGUAUGUAAAGAAUACAUCAAAAGUUGAUAGCCUAUUAUUUGUUUUGCUUAAAUGGAAAUUAUAAACUCUAAAUUACUGAAAGUUGUCAUCACUGUUAUGCUCACAACCACAUUUGCCUAACAUAAUUCUGUACCCAUUCCAUAUAAAUAUUAUUGAUUUUCAUAAGACCCAUAUACACUGUACUAUCUUGAAAACUUCUAAUUGACAGGAAAAGAAAUUGUGCUCCCUCUCCAUAGCUCUUGUGUUCCAUUUAUUGCACUGUUAACUCUUUAAAUAUUUAUCAUGCUUAUGUAUCAGAAUAUGUCACUACACUUUUACCUGAGUAUAGAACCCUAAUGUUAUAAAAAAUGUCAUCUCCCAGGAUAGACAACAAUAGUCCAUGUUAUUUAGCUUAAAUUGCUUCUCUUUGUUGUAUGUAUAAAACUUAAUUGGGCGGCUAGGGUUGUAGCUCAGUGGUAGAGCACUUGCCUAGCAUGUGUGAGGAACUGGUUUUGAUUCUCACACUACAUGUAAAUAAACAAGUAAAAAAGUUUCAUUGACAACUAAAAAAACUAUUUUUUAAAACUUAAUUAGAAGAAAAUAAUAUUGCUUUCCAAAAGCUACACAAAACAGAAUUGGUACCUCUAAAUUCAAUCUUGGGAAAAUAUUUUCUAACAUUUCAAUCAAUCUAAAAUAUGGCUAGUGUGACAAUGUUUUAUAGAGAUGAAUAUACAUGAUGUGCUUGUUACCAAGUUAUACCUUAUUGUUACAGAGAAGUAGGUUUUCACCUAUAGAAAUAAUCCCUUCUGAUACUUCUAAAAUAUACUGUUAAAGGCAGCCAGGUCAGUGAGAGCAAAUCCAUUACACUAAUGGAAUCACAGUUGCCAUUCUUACACCAAAGUGACUUUUGGUCUCCUCAUCACUUUUACUUACUUAAGUUGAGUAAAUGUUUAAUUGUUUACAAAACUAAAUUGACUGAAUAAAGUCAAGGAUGAUGCUUUCAAUCAGUUAAUCAUUUCUGAUAUCAUGUAUUAUCUACUGACUAUAGAAAUGACUCAUCUUAAAGUAAUUUUUGCUAUGUGAAUACGUAUUUAUAAAAGAAGACCAGCUUGACCCUAUUAGAUUUUACAUUUACGGUUUUUAUAUUUGACUAACCAAAUCAACUUUUAGGAAUUUUAAUUCCUUAAUGUUUGUAAAAAGCAAUAAAUUCACAAAGCUUUAUAUUAGUGUAACAGGAUAACUGUUGUCAUGAAAAGAUAUUUCUCUUAAAGGAUUGUGCACUGCCCACUUUUAUACUACUAUUCAUGACCUAUUUAGCUCUAGAUUAGAUACUAGAAGACACAAGGAAUGGGUACAUGAAUUCUGGGACCAUGUCUUGUUUGUCUUUGUGCUCUUGGUACUAAAUACUAAGCCUAACCCAAAAGAAGCCCUAAUAAAUAAAGUUGAUUGACUCAUUGAUUCAUUUUACUGCUAGCCAUGUGCUAAUAACUAUGGGUUAUUCUCUUUGAUUUUCUGUGCUGUUUAUUCUACUAUUUAUUCUCUAUAAUAUAUGAAAUGUUUAUUCUCUACAAUAAAGGUGUUUAUUCUCUAUAAUAUAUGAAAGCACUGGUUUGCAUUACAUAAUAAAUUACUCCUUUCAUUUG